ACGCGACAGGGGGAGCCGUUGGCGCGGCGGUCGGCGGUCGGUGGUCGGUGGUCGGUGGUCGCGGGUGCCGCCCGGCCUCCGGACGGGAAGGCCGGGAGGGUGAGCCCGGUCCGGGGCGGGCCCCUCAGUUCCGUUGGCUGUAGAUGUUCGUGGGCGAGGAAUCCGGGGCGUGUGGAAGCGAGGUUGGAGCAUGAACAUGGCCGAAGGGGACACCCUGAUAUCGGUGGAUUAUGAGGUGUUUGGGAAGGUGCAAGGGGUGUUUUUCCGCAAGUACACGCAGGCUGAGAGUAAAAGGCUGGGAUUGGUAGGCUGGGUCCAGAACACAGACCAGGGCACAGUGCAAGGACAAUUGCAAGGUCCCAUCUCCAAAGUGCGUCAUAUGCAGGAAUGGCUUGAGACAAAAGGAAGUCCCAAAUCGCACAUCGACAGAGCAAACUUCAACAAUGAGAAAGUCAUCUUAAAGUUGGAUUACUCAGAUUUCCAAAUUGUAAAAUAAUGCCCUGAAUUCAAAUUUUCCAAGAGAAACUCAGAGGUUUUGCUUUUCUUGUUAAUAGAGAUAGAAUUAUUCUGAGUAAUAUUAGAAUUUGUCAGUAAGUUAUUUUAUUUUUAGAUACCUGAAUGUUACUGUAUAUAAUAUGUAUGAUGGAAGGAAUGAUUACAACUGUACACAAUUCUAAUAAAAACACAUCAGAACCAUCUGUAGGGCGAAAUUCAUUAUGGGCAAAAUAAGAGAUAUUUACUCAGUAAACAUCUGUGGGAAGAUAAUUUUGAGGUAAUUUAAAGAGGUCUGAAAGAAAAAGUUAGCAGUUACUUUGAAUCAUUUCUUUGAAUGGUUUCCAUGAAGUUUUCUUCAGGAAGUUGCACACCUAAUAAGAACAAAUUCCACAAGUUCAACUUGUUGGCUGCUCAAAUGAUGUUUUGGAAUAAUUACUUUUAAUUUUCUUGAAUUUCUGUCAUUCCUUUUCUCUGGGUAAGGAAUUCACAAAAAGCAGUUGGUAUGGGCUAAAUUAUGUGCCUCCUCCCAAUUCAUAUGUUGAAGUCUUAACAGCUAGUACCUCAGAAUGUGACUGUAUUUGGAGAUAGGGUCUUUUGAGAGGUAACUUUGAAUGAAGUUAAAUGAAGUCAUGAGAGUGGGCCCUAAUCUAGUAUGUCCUUAUAAGAGGAAAUUUGGACACAGACAUGUAUAGCACAGAGGAAAGGACAUGUGAAGACAGGGAGAAACCAGCCAUCUACAAGACAAGGAUAGAGUCCACAGAAGAAAUCAACCAUGUCUCACAGCUCGAUCACAGACUUCUAGCCUCCAGAACUGUGACAAAAUAAAUAUUUAGUUUAAGCCA